AUGGGCGAAGAGAAUCCGCAAGAGGGACUCUCAUCUCGCAUCGCGCGCCUAGUGCAUACGCAUUUCGAUGCGCUGCCCGCCCGCAGUAAACCGAUUGUUCGCGAUGAUGGCACCAGAGAGUGGAUUCCGAUGGCGGGGAUGGUCGUUGUGAGGGGCGAGAAUACGACGGAGGAAGAAUUGACUUGUGUUGCUGUUACAUCUGGCGCCAAAUGUCUCGCUGCCUCCCAGCUUCCAAACUGCAAGGGCCUCGUUCUCCAUGACUGGCACGCCGAGGUGCUCGCCCUCCGGGCUUUUAACUACUGGGUCUUGUCGGAGGUGAGGGGGUUGCUGUUGGGUGAGGACGUUGCUGCUACCACCCAAAGCUCAUCGCCAUCGCCAUCUCGGUUCAUUCGUCGUCGAUCCCCCCAGCAGCAACAGCACCCCGAUCAGCCCCCCUUCGAGCUCCACCCGGACCUCAAAGUCUACAUGUGCUGCACCUGCGCGCCCUGCGGCGAUGCAAGCAUGGAGCUCACCAUGGCGGCGCAGGAGGAUCCCACGCCAUGGCACAUCUACUACACACCGACCAAACCACCCCCUGCAAACCUCCUCGACGGCCGCGGCCACUUCUCGAAACUCGGCAUCGUCCGCCGCAAACCCGCCCGCGCCGACGCCGACUCCACCAAAAGCAAAUCCUGCUCCGACAAGCUCGCUCUCCGCCAGGUCUCGUCCUUGCUGUCCCCGGAGACAGCACUGUUAGUCCGCGUGACGGCCAGUGCGUAUCUGGCCGGGGUGAUGUUGCCCGAAACGGAGAUCAGUGGAGUCGGGUGUGAGAGGGCGUUUGGAAGGGAGGGGAGGAUGAAGGGGCUGGUCGGGAGGUAUCUCUCGCCCUCUUUGUCUUCCUCAUCUGGAGACGAGAAGGAGGAGGAGGAGGAGGAGGGGGAUGCUUCCGGCUACCGAUUCCACCCCUUCGAGAUCCUCCCCAUCCCCUCUGCAGUGGCCGACUCCCUAUGGCAGUACGGCAAGCCCCGGGACUCGCCGCAGACCGCUUCCACAAGCACCACAAAAUACAAGCCCGGGACCAUCUCGGCGGUGUGGGUGGCCGCGCCCUCCGUUGGGGCCGAUCAGCUGGUCGUGCUGGGGCCCGUGAGCGGAGCCAAGCAGCUGCCCAGGCUGGCGGGGAGUCGGACGGGACUGUAUGAGAGCAUCAUCGGCGGGGUGAAGCAGGGGAGUAAGGCGUCGGCGCCGGUGGUGCGGGGAGCGUCAGCGCUGUCGCGCGCGCGGAUGUGGGGGACCUUCCGGGAGAUUGUUCUGGAUCUUCAGAAAAAUCAGGACCGGCAAGAUGGCCGUGUGAAGCACGAGGGUGGGCUGUCUCGGCUUGACGAUGAGAGGUUACGGCAGAUCGUCGAGGCAGCUACGUAUGUCGACUUCAAGAGAGCGAUUGUCACCUCCACGAGACCCGGUCAGGCGCGGGCACGGGCUCUGCGAGAAGCGAAAACCGUCCUUGUCCCGUGGGUGCCGAAUGCUGGGGAUGGAGAUUGGGGAUUGGAUGUGUUGGUGGACGCGAAUCCGAAGAAGCGCAAACGGUGA